AUGUCCGUCAGGCCUCCUUCCACUCGACCGCCUACUGCUGCACUCAGCAUCCGUCGACCAACGACUGCUGCAAGCACAAGAGAAACUACCAAUGGCGGCGAUGCAGACUGGGUCGUCGCCGUCUUUGAAGCCAAAGGCUCUCAUCGUCAGGUUGCUGUCGCCGCCAUCGAUGUCGAGAGAUCUCUCUGCUUCCUCAGUCAAGUCUGCGAUACGCAGACAUACGUCAAAACGCUCCACAUCAUCCAGCAACGCUACCCUGCCACGCUCGUUCUACCUUCUCAAGUUACUACGACUAUGCUCACAGUCGACAGCCCAAGUGCUUCUUCAGUCGGUCCCUCCCCUGUGCUCUCUUCGCUCACCAUCCUCAGUCGUCUGAUCAAGAACAACUUUGAGAUGACACCUCUGCAUGGACUAGCGAAGAAGCACUGGGCCAUCGAUCAAGGCAUCGAGCUCAUCGAUAAGCUGGCUCUCGAUGAACCGGCCAAGAUGACCCUGCUGGCCACAGUCACAGAGAACACUCUCGCUUUGGCUGCUUUUGCAGGACUCAUCCGCCACCUCGAGGGUCAUCAUCGCAUACUCUACGCGAACAAUUCGCUCAAGAUCGUCUUCACCGCGCUAGAAGGUACUAUGGUCCUGGGAACCGACACGCUCAGGGAUCUCGAGCUGCUCCAGAAUACGAUGGACGGCUCGAGUAAGAAGACACUGUUUGACUUGCUCAACUCUUGCAUGACCCCAAUGGGCACGCGCCUUCUCAGAAACAAUAUCACCUCGCCCUCUGCAGACCGCUUCACCCUCAACAAACGCCUCGAUGCAGUACAAGAACUCGUCAUUAACCGCGAUACGCUGGAGACAUGCCGUCAAGCGCUCCAUAAACUCGCAAAGACUGACUACGACAAGGUAAUCGGCAAAAUUUCGACCAAUAAACCUCGCGAUUUCAGAGGUCAAGGCGAUCCUGCUCGAGAAGCGGAGAAGAAGAUCAGCACUGUGCUUCAGCUACGAACACUGCUGGAAUCGUUGCCUAGUAUCGCUCUGUCGAUAGAUGCCAGCUCGUCUGAUUUGUUGAAAGAUCUCGCGAGCGGGCUACGGGGCCAAGCCGACGUGAUCCUUGACUCGUUGCGCGACACGAUCAACGAAGACGUUGUCACGAGCUUCCAAGAAGGCAAAGGACAAUUGGCUUUGCGCAACGUCCGGGUCUAUGCAAUCCGCUCAGAACGCAAAUUGCUCCUCGAUGUCGCUCGGGUGACGUACAAGGAGAACAUGCAAGAUCUACUCGACAUGGCAAACGAAAUGAGCGCGAUAGCAGGCACCACCGUCAACCUUGUUCCAGUCAGCUCUGGCUUUGCAUUCUCUUGCUCCAAAGACGGGCUGCCGGGCGGCGUUUUGCCAAAGGGUUGCACAGAGGGAAAGGCAAAGUCUGGCAAGAGGAUCCAGUUCGCUUCGGCUGACCUUAAGAAACGUAAUGCCCGCUUGCAGCAAUCGCUCGAAGAGGUCUUUCUGCUCAGUGAUGAAGCGAUCGACGAGCUCAUCGAAGGUAUCAAGCAGCACCUUGCCUUCCUCUUUCAAUGCGUGGAAGCUAUCUCUACGCUGGAUGUGAUCGCCAGCCUCGCCUAUGUGGCUACAAUCGAAGGCUGGACGCGACCCGAGUUCGAGAACGCGAUGGCCAUAAAGGCAGGCCGGCACCCCUUGGUCGAGCGAUACCAAAUGAGAGAUCGAAACGACUUUAUUCCCAACGAUACGUACAUCUCGAACAAUCGAUCAUUCCAAUUGAUCACAGGUAUCAACGCGGCAGGCAAGACGGUCUUCACAAAGCAAGUCGCUCUGCUCGUCAUCAUGGCACAGCUGGGCAGCUUCGUUCCUGCCGAUCUUGCUUCCUUUGGUAUCCACGAUGCAUUGCUUACUCGACUCAACAAUGAUGACGACCUGGGCAAGAGUCUGUCCACUUUCGCAGUCGAGAUGCGCUCUGCAAGCAUGAUCACGCUCGCACUCGACGCUUUCCGGGCUCCUCUUGUCGUCAUUGACGAGCUCGGUCGAGGCACAGAUCCCGUCGCUGGCUUUGGUCUGUGCCAUGCCAUCGCGGAAGAGAUCAUCAAGAAGCGCGCUUUCUGCCUCUUCGUUACUCAUUUUCGCGAGCUGACUCUGUCACUAUUCGGCUACUCGAAUGUCGCGCAGUUCCAUCUCGAGGCGAAAGCGCGUCGCUCGUCGUCAGCGUUCAGCUUCGAGUAUAGACACCAUGUCCAGCAGGGCAGCAAUGCAGAGACCCACUAUGGUUCACUGUCUGACUCUUUGCCGGUUUGCUCGCCUGACGCUGAGGUCAAAACAGGUUUGGAAGCGGCGAAGCUUGUCGACCUGCCCAGCAGCAUGCUAGACUUUGCGCAUCAGGUGUCUGACAAGCUUGCCCAUCUCGAGCGCAAGUCCCGCAUUGACGCUCAAUCGACACGGGACGAAGUUCGCCGGAAGGAGAUGCUUCGAAUCGUAGAUCAGCUCGAAGAACUCGCCUUGGCCAGAGAGCUUUCAGACGUAGAGAUCGGCGAUCGUAUGAGGGUUCUCCAGGCGGACCUCGUCGAAGGGCUAGUGCGCUCCAGCUUCGCGGGUAGAGGCCAGAUCAAGGCUGACGUAAAGCUUGAGAAUAGACCAGCCUGCGCAGGACGCUGGUCGACGUUCGUGGCGGUCAUGACCAGCACCUACAGUUCUAUCCUCAAUGACCUCAACCGCGAUGUUGCGAGGAACCAGCCGGCUGACAUCUGGCAAUUCUGCGCUAAUUGGUUCAAUGCGCGCUUAGAAGAGCAGCGGGCAGCGACCCGACCGGUCGAGCGGUCUGUCACGCCGGCUGAUCAAUCCCGACCUAUCUCACCUCCUGCAAACGUCAUACCGGCGAUGAGGAGCUCGCCGACAAAGCGUGAGGUCAUCCGGAAGAAGUCAAACCCCAGCAUGCUCGGUGCCGCUUACUCUUUCGGCGGCCUCGGAUCAGGGAUCGCUCCAGCGGACCCUGCUCCGUCGCCCUUUUCAGAGACUCCGCCUGCGUUGAAGCAUCAGACAGCAGACUCGUUCGGCCACGAUCAUCCCGUUGUGUCCGGCAACGGACGCGCCAAUUCGGGUCUGCGCAAUGAAAUGCCGUCAGCCUGGCAGCGGAGUGGCCGGCCACGCGCACCUAUGACGAGUGCGCCCUCAGAUGAUGAAGGCGACUCGGGCGGCGAUGAUGGACCUUCUUCGCCUGGCCCGCCGCCCAAUUACAACAUUGGCAGACGGACUUCCGUCUCUGCAGAGUCACUCGAUCCAGACGCAGCACAGACCGCCCUGCCCAAGACUGUGAUCCCCAAGACGGCUUCGCAGCGUCAACGAAUUGAGCAUUCUAUCGAGCACAACUUAUUGUUCCGCAAUCUAGACGAGGAUCAGUACAAUGACGUCUUGAACGCGAUGAAAGAAGUCAGAGUACCUACUGGCUCAGAAGUCAUCGUGCAAGGCGCCGUCGGCGAUUACUUCUACGUCGUCGAAGAAGGUGUCUUCGAAGUAUGGGUCAGACCCAGCUCAGCCGGGACCUAUGGACCGGACGGUCAGCGAGCCUCGGGUCCCAACUAUGGCAAGGAUAGCGAUGCAAAGCAUGUAGCGACAAUCGAAUCCGGCGGCUCAUUCGGCGAACUAGCACUCAUGUACAAUGCGCCGCGUUCCGCUACCGUCGUGGCCGUAAGCGCUACAUCCACGCUUUGGGCACUCGAUCGCGUCACUUUCAGAAGUAUUCUCAUGGAGCACACCAGUCGCAAGAGGAGGAUGUACGAGACUUUCUUGAGCGAAGUACCUAUCCUCGUCAGUCUCGAGUCCCAUGAGCGUGCAAAGAUCGCGGACGCACUCGAAGCCAGAAUCUACGAAGAAGGUGAAGCGAUUGUCAAGGAAGGCGAAGUCGGCAAGAACUUCUACAUUAUCGAGAGCGGUAGUUGCGAAGUCACCAAGCGUCGGCCGACAGGCGAAGAACGCGUCGUGAUUCUUCGAAAAGGCGACUACUUUGGAGAACUCGCAUUGCUCAAUUCGGCACCUCGGGCAGCAACAGUUCGCGCGAUCGGCGACAGAGUCAGAGUCGCUACGCUUGGCUCGAGGGCUUUCCAUCGUCUGCUCGGUCCCUGCGUCGAGAUCCUCCAGAGAAGGGCAGGCUCGUACAACUCUGCACCUGCGGCAGAGCCCAGGCGAGGCUUGCCUGGCAACACGCGAUCGAUCCAGCCUGAUACCGCGGGUCCCCGUUCAAGAGGUCUUGGGAUGGUCACCGCCGAGCAGCAUUGGAACAGGCAUCACGCUCGUCCACAAGUCACAAUGACAGAUGUUGACGAUGCUGAUUUGGUGAGCGAGAGCCAAUACAAAGCUCCUGCCGCGCCGAAAGAUCUGGAAAAGCUUGAGUUUCGAGAUGACUCGCUGAAGAAGCAAGAAGAAGCGUUGGGUGUCGGGGCGAACGCUACAGGCAAAGCCAGAGUCACGGUACUUGCUUUGGUCCUCACCUCGGACUCUAGGCCAGAGCCAAUCGUGCUGGAUCUCACCAAACCACUGCCGGAAGCUCCUCUGGUCAUCAAAGAAGGAGCAACGUACACAGCUGAGCUGCGUUUCCAAGUAGAGGAUGCGCUCGUUUCGGGCUUGCGCUACUUGCAAGUCGUCAAGAGGGCAGGCAUCAAAGAGACACUGCAGGCUAUGAUUGGCAGCUUCGCGCCGUCGGCUCAGGUACUCUCCAAGAAAUUCGAAUCUGAAGAAGCGCCGAGCGGCAUGAUCGUCCGCACUGGAACUUACAAUGUGCGCUCGAGAUGCACUGAUGACGACGGAACGAUUUGCGCCGACUUUGCUUGGAGCUUCAAGGCGGGUUUGCUCAGCAGCACGUGUUACCACGCGCUCAUGAGCAGCCGGAGCAGAUUGGCAAGGACUGGUAGAAUGAUGAAAGUGUCAUGGUUGUGUGUGUCAUUACGCAACUCGCAUCUCAGUAGACCAGCGGCAUAG